AUGCAAAAGCUCAGCAACUUCACUCAGCAUCGAUGGGACCGAAUAGCUCCCGCCUCGCUAGGCGGCGGCAUGUCGAGAAUGCCUCAUGACAUGCCCAACUCCAUGAGACGAACACAACCUCCCCCAAACAUCGGCCUGCAACCCAGCUCCGAGUCCUCGACCGUAAACCUGUCCUUCAAUAUCCCCUUCUCCUACAAUCUUGCCGGACCCGACCCUGACGACAUCCUCCAUGCCAGCCCCGGCGCGCCGCAGAAGUGGACAUUUCCUGGAGGGACGCCCGAAGGUGCCCCAAUACACCAAUUGCCAGUCCAUGUCCAGAAUCAAGAAAGGCUUCGGACAAGAUGUCAAUACUUGAGUGACCAGACCGGUGGCCGGGUCCACGCCACCGUUACUUCUUCGGAACCAUCCGCGCAGCCGACCAUGCACCGCAUAUCACAAUCGCUGAUAACGAAUGUGUGCGUUUCGGGAGACGGUGACUUGGUCUUCAAGACCCGUGCUCGGAUUUUGAACGAGACUCCGAUCAUGAUGCGGUCCGCCGUCGUCGAUGUCGAUCCGAACCUGAUCUUGGAUGGCGCCGAGGCAAAUAUACGAGGAAGUGUUUUGAGCCACAUAGAUCUUUGUGCGAAAUACACUGGAACAGACAUCUUCUUGCUCAAGCCACGAACCUCAGAUCUCGACUCUGCUGGCCUUUCGUUUGCCAAUGGUGUGGACAGUGGCCUUGAUCAAAGGUACCGGAUUCACAUCUUUGGUGACAUGGAAAGCGUCGAGCACGCUAAAACGAGAGCUUUGAUGAUGAUCGACCAGAUACUUAAGCACAAGAUAGACGUCAUUAAACUCGAGGUGACUAUGCACACGCUGGUCUCUGGUCGGACCGGCAAGAACAUCAAGAUGAUCGAGUCCGCUACGAAGACAGCCAUCUACUUCCCGCCUCCUUUCCCGGGCGCGUUUGGCUAUGUUCCGCCCAAUGCUACUCGUCGUGCUCCAGACGAAGUCUUCAUCACCGGAGAAACGCAGGAACGCAUCAACCAUGCUAAGCAAAAGCUGAAAGAGUUGGUCAUGGGCAUCAAAUUGUACUCCAAAGAUGCCGUUGUCUCUGCCAGCAAACUCGACAACAUCCUGCUCGAUCGUCUCGACAAGGUUCGCAAGAUCAUGGAAACGAACGGGACAUACGUGUUGUUCCCGCAGCUUGGGAGUCAACGUGGGAUGGUCAGGGUCCAGGGUACUGAAGUGCUACAUGUGGAACGCACCGUCAAAGAGAUUAUGGCUUUGGCUGGGCAGUUCUACAGUGCGUCUUGGUGGGUCAUUGUGCCCGAGCCCUCCCAUGGCCCUUCUAUCCGCGCGCCAUCGUCGGAGGAGGUCCGGGAGAUGCUUGGCGACAUCUGCACGAAUUCGGGUGCCGACUUGAGCUUCGACAAAUGGACGUUUACCAUCAACGGCUCUGAUGAUGCCGUCAAAGCUGCCCUCUUGGUCAUCUAUCACAUUCCCUUUGUCAAGACUUAUCCGUACCAGAUGCGGGUCAAGAUCGAACUCGCUAAUGAGCACAAAGAGUUCGUGAGCGGCAAGAAAAAUGGCAAGAUCAACAAGAUUAUGGGUCAGAGCAAUGUGCAGAUCAUAUUCGAUGGUUUUAACGAGUACAACUUCUACAUUGAUGUCGUUGGAAGUCAAUAUGAGGCUACCAAGAACGGACUUGAUCUUGUCGAGCAGGAAAUGCCUGCCUCGAUCUCCUUCCACGUGCCAGAUCAGUACCACAAACGGAUUAUUGGUAUUGGAGGUCAACAUAUCCAGCGCAUCAUGAAGAAGUACUCGGUCUUCGUCAAGUUCUCCAAUGCCAUGGACCGUGGCGGAGUGGGCAAGGAGGAUGAGGAUGUCAAAGUUGACAACGUUAUCUGCCGCACUCCGGCUCGCAACGCACAGAGUCUGGACCUCGAUGCCGAGUUCGUUUCUGAAACGGUACUGAUCAACAGACUUUACCAUCGUGAACUUAUUACACACCUGCCCGAGAUCGACGAACUUGAAAAGAAAUGGAACUGCAAGAUCGACUUCCCUAGCACCGAGCAAGCCAGCGACGUGGUUACAAUUUCGGGACCCGAGUACCAGGUUCCUCAAGCUGUCGAUGCUUUUCUCGGUAUGGUCCCAGAAAGUCACGAGAUCUCAUUUCAGAAGGCGGAUGAUCUUUCCAACUUCUUUACAUCGCCCGAAUUCGACGAACUACGGCAAAAGCUGCAAGCCCAGUAUGAAGUCGACGUUCAUGCCAAUCCUUUGAUGAGCAGUCUGCCGAAGUCAGCCACUGCUUCGGUGGAGCGGAUUGUCUCGGCGACCGAGGGUCGACUUGUCUUGACGUACACGCGUAACAACAGCGGAGGUCUUAAGGACGCGAUCGAUUUUCUGAUCUCGCAGCUUGUGCCUCAAGGUAUGGAUGCGACGACCGUCAAGGGAGCUAUCCCAAGACCUGUCUCUGAUUCUUUCGAGGACUCGCUACCAUUCUUCGAGUCCAAGAUUCUCCAGAAUGCUCCUUCACUUCACUCAACGGACUCACCCACGCGUUCGGCAUUCGGGGACGGCGAUAGUACGCCAAUCUCAGAGAGGGCGUCGUUGUUUGAUCGGCUGCGCAAACCUGGCAGCAUCGGCUCCUUCUCUAGCUUCAUGAGUCGUAAGAACCAGAACAACUCGCCCGGGACCUUCUUCAAGCACGCCUCGUCCAAUGCCAGCAAAGCCUCGUUGAUCUCUAUGGAAAGUCGAGAGAGUGGCUACCGCAACAUCUGGAAUGACAGCGGCGUCAACCUCCCAGAGGAGGAGGUUGCUUUAAACUCGACGAACGGGACGUGGACUCGCAUUGAUCCCAAAUUUCCCUUUGCGCUGCCCCGAGCGCCAUCGCUGGCGACCGGACUCCGAAACAUGAGCCUCGUGCCAGCUUCGACUCUGGUCGGCCACCUACUUCUCAUUCUCUCACGGAGUCAAGAUACCCGGGAGUCAUUGGCAGCACCAAUGGCCAUUCCCACAGCAAUUACACAAACAGCUCGUCACAAAAUUUGA